CAGAGGCGACGGGACGCUCACUGAAUGCUGGGAGCCGGAGCGAGGCGGAGCACUGCCCCGCUGAAGUCGCCGUCAUGCUGACUGUUGUUCUGAUCGCGGGUCUGGUGCUGGCGGUACUUUGGUCACUGCGGGUGAAACGACCGACCAACUAUCCACCCGGGCCACCGAUGUUCCUGAUCUUUGGCAACCUGUUCGAAACGUUCAGAUCUCUCAAAGGAGACUUCGAAGUAAUGGUCAAAGAACAUCGCAAAAAAUAUGGAGACAUUAUGGCCUACAUUAUGCCAGGAAACUUCAAGAUUGUUCAUCUGCUAAAUUACGACUUGAUCAAGGAAUCGUGUGCCAGACAGGAGUUCAGUGGAAGGCCUAGCAACUUCAUAGUUCUUUACCGAAGCUUCCAGAAGAAGCUAGGAGUGAUCCUCAAUGACGGUCCUGCCUGGCAGGAGCAUCGACGCUUUACCCUGCGGCACUUGCGUGAUUUGGGUUUCGGAACUAACUCCAUGGAGACGAUUAUUCUGGAGGAGUUUGAGCAUCUGGCCAAAGAAAUGGAGCAAGACAUGCACUCCCCAAUGAAGGUAAAUCAAAGGUUUAACUUGACGGUACUGAACGUGCUCUGGAGACUGGUUGCUAGCAAACGCCUGGAUCGCAGCGAACCUGAAGCUAAACAGAGGGUCAAAGAAGUGAAUGAUUUCGUGACCAUAACCGGUCCUAGUAAUCCAUUAAGCAUGUUCCCGUUUCUGCGCUUCAUCAGCCCAAACUCGUUUGGCUUGAAGGAGCUGAAAAACAACAGGGACAACUCACUAGCUAUGUUUCAAGAGCUGAUGAAGGAGCACCGCCAGACGCUGGACCGCGCCGCGCCUCGUGACUUCAUUGACCGCUUCCUCAUCGAGAUGGAGUCACCGGACGCGGCGGCACGCAGCUUCACCGACGAGAACCUCUCUAUCGUCUGCAUGGACCUGUUUCUGGCGGGCAUGGAGACCACCUCCACGUCUCUGACCUGGGCGCUGCUGCUGAUGGUGAUGCACCCGGACGUGCAGACGCGCGUGCAGCAGGAGAUUGACGCCGUGCUGGGUGUGGGCGCCGAUCGCCGUCUGCCCUCCUACACCGACCGCGCCAACAUGCCGUACACAGAGGCCACCCUGCAGGAGGUGUCGCGACGCGCCACCGUGGUGCCGCGCGCCGUCGGCCACUCGGCGCUGCAGGACGCCCCGCUCGGCGGCUACACCGUGGCCAAAGGCUCUCUGGUUCUGAUGCACCUGGACGUCGUCCACAUGGACCCCGCCUACUGGGGAGAUCCGGACACCUUCCGACCGGAGCGCUUCAUCAACGCCGACGGCACGUUCCGGCGCGACGAGCACGUCAUCCCGUUCGGCAUCGGCAGGAGGUUCUGUCUCGGCGAGUCGCUGGCGCGCAUGGAGAUGUUCGUGCUGUUCACCUGUCUGCUGCAGCGGUUCCGGUUCUCGGCAGCUCCCGGACAGACCCUGAGUCUGGAGAGCCGUGUCGCUGCCGUUCGGCAGCCGAAUGAGUUCUUCGUGAACAUCCAGCUUCGGGGCUGAAGGCCCCCCACUCUCCCCAAUGUGGCCAGGCGUAGGUACCUGACUGGCUGAGCUCGAUGCGAGAGAGACUGAUGAGAAACUGGGACAGCUAUUGUCAUGUACAUAGGGUAGACCGGGGCAAGUCGCCCCGCCGAGGUAAAACGCCUCACCGAUGUUUCUCGGAACUGGCAAGGUUCUGGAGAAACAUCAUCUCUUCUUUAAAACGUGCACUAUAUGAUCAUUAUAUGAGCAGACUGGAAAGAAAUUGUGAUGACUAUUGAGGGAGAUAUAGCCAAAAAUGUGUUUUUGGAGUGAUUUUUAUGUUUUGUUGUCAGUUUAUGCAUCAUGGCGUUCUUUUAUGGUCCACAUCAGGUUAAUGACUUUUAUAUAUUUUGAAUAACUUUAUCUAACGCUUUUAAUGCCGGCUUGGUUCGUGUUAAAUUAUGCCUUGCUGGAGUGCAAGGCGUUGUUCUCUGACCGAACUACGUGAUGGGGUAAAACGCCCCAGUAGGUCGCGGGGCAAAACGCCCCAUGGGGCGUUUUACCUCACGUGUUGUUAGGGCUACCCACUUUCUAAUGUUCGGUAGCUGGCGAGCAGUAAGUUUCUAUGCAUUUAUAUGUACUUUUCUCAGCAACUGGAUGGCAAAGGAAGUAUUUUGUUAACAUUUCCAUUGCAAUAAUUUAUUAUUUGGCCUUAUGAGGCAGGUGAAAAACCUGCUCAUACAAUAGUGUCACUAGCUGAACACCUGAUAGGAUGGAAGGAGCUAACUUCAGUGCCGUGCUUCCCAAGGUCUAACAGACCUCUCAUAAAAGAUUUAAGUAAACUAGCAUGUUUAUUCUUUAAUCUAGAGUAUGGGGCUUCUUGCCCCAGGCCGUGGGGCGUUUUGCCCUGGGGUUGGGGCAAAAUGCCCCAUUUGCAGUUGCUUCACAAAUUACUUCCUAGCUAGGAGUCCGAUCAUAAGUGAAUGAAUUUGAGGGGUGGAAUUUAAAGUAAAAUGUCCAAAGAACGCAUUGAGCACAAAUUUGGCCUUCCAGGUGAUGCCGGGACAAAAGUUAUGUAGCAAAAUAAAUUAUCUGGGGCGUCUUGCCCCAGGCUACCCUACUGUUAUGUAGCUGUUAAUCAUUGUUUACGUGUCUAAUAUCGCUCUGCACAGUGUUGCGGUGGUGAUUGGUUCGCACAAUGCUUUCGUUGAUUGUGACGCACGUCGUUUGGUGCUGAUGAACAGCGUUUACGCAAGGCAAUACUUAAAUGCACAAUCAUGGUGUUGUUAUAUCUUACCCUAGAUCGAUAAUGAAACGAAUGUCUUGCCAAUUUCACGUCAAAGUGUAUCUUUCUUGCAUGUAUACUCUUUGCACAACGCGAAAUGACUCUGAUCGCAAUGCAUUUAAGCAAAUACAACAUGCAAUAAAUCUGAGUGGAAAAUUG